GGAGAUUCUGACCUUGCGGCUGUGAGCGUCUGUACUUAUGUCGGGUGUAGCCCACACGGAUUCCACCAAGUCAAGCGCCGAAUAGAAGAAUAUGAAGCUGAGUGCGUUAUUCUUUGCCGCGGUGGCGGAGGCGGCCGCCAUUGCUGUCCCUGAGCCCGGCGCCGACGGACGAUACACGAUUUCAGCCGAGGGCAUCAAGGCACAGUUCAUCCCUUACGGGGCAACCCUGACGAACCUCUUCGUCAAAGAUAAAAAUGGCAAGGACAUUGACGUUGUGCUUGGCUACGACGAUGUCGACUACUACCCCAAGGACCCCGGCCACCCGGUUUACAACGCCAUUCCGGGCCGGUACGCCAACCGCAUCGGCAACGGGCAGUAUACCAUCGACGGCGUGACGUACCAGACGCAAAAGAACGACGGACCAAACACGCUGCACAGCGGCACCAACAACUGGUCGUUCCGUUUCUGGAACGUGACGGCCGUCACGGCCGACUCCAUCACCUUCUCCCUCCUCGACAGAUCCAACUCGUCGCAGGGGAUGGUGGGCGACGUAUCAGCCAGCGUAACGUACAGCGUGCGCGCCAACGCCACCUGGCACAUCAGCAUGACGGCGGCCUCGCCCCAGCAAAAGACCCCCCUCAUGCUGACGCAGCACACCUACUUCAACCUCGACGCCUACCGGGACCCGGCCACCUCGCUCAUCUGGGACCACACCUUGCACCUGCCCUACUCGGCGCGGUACCUCGAGGCGGACCAGAACGCGCUGCCGACGGGCAAGAUCCUGACGGCGGCACCAGGGUCCAUCAACGACUUCGCCUCCAAGCCCGGGUUGCUGUUCGGCCACUCACGCAACGCCACCGGGUUCCAGGGCAACUGCGGCGCCAACGGCGCCUGUGAAGGGUACAACGGCUACUGGCUGAUCGAGGACAAGCCCAGCAACGACGCCGUCGUGGUGACGCUCGCGAGUGAGUUCUCGGGCGUCAAGGCCGAGCUCAGGACCGACCAGCCCGGAGUGGUGCUCUACUCGUGCUCGUGGAUGGACGGUAGUGCGGGGCUCAAGUCGACGCAGGGCUUGAAGAGCGACCAAAAGGUUGUCAAGAGCUCGUGUGUUGCCAUUGAGGCGCAGGAUUAUCCCGAUGGGAUUAACCGUCCCGAGUGGAACCGGACUAGCUACCAGAUCUUUGGACCUGGCCAGACGUACAACUGGGAGAGCUCAUGGACGUUUGGUCUGCUUUGAGGGUUAGGGUCUUGUUCGCGGACUGUCUCGUCGCGUUAGUGAGGAAAAGUGGCAAGCCUGAUGUGGUAGGUACAAGUGUACAAUACCUUGCUACCUACUUGGUACCUACCUUAUAAAGCCGAAUAUGCCUCUGCCAAUAUGAAGAGCGCACUUCAGGUCACUUGGUUCCGCUGGAUGAAUGUGCCGGCAGUCAAAAUAGAGUUUUCUCCGGCUCUGAAACGAG